AUGAUAACUGAAUUUUCAUUAGUUGGAUACUUUAUCAUGAAGUGCUUUGCCGCAGCACUACCUGAAUACAUCGGAGUAUUUCAUCAAUGCGUAUCCUACAAUUUGAAUCACUGUAAACCAACCUGGUACGCAUUGAACAAAUCCAAGGAUGAAUUCAUUUCAUUAUGCACACUUCUCCAUAACAGAGAAAGAAACCUGACACCAAAAGCAAGGUAUAUUAUAUACGUAAUGGAAACAUACAGCCUCACUUCCGAACAGAUAACAGUCUUGAAAGAGAUCCUUAAGAAGUUUACUGAUGAAAUAGUAUUCCAAUUGAGACUGAUCUCCUACACAACAAUAUUCUACCAGGUUUACUCAUUCAACUUUCUACAAUAUUGCAGUAUCAAUGGAUUUGAUCCAAUGCACUCAUCAUUGAACAUGAUGCAGUGUAUUAAUCAGCAACAUGAUGAAACAGCCAUCAUAAAGGAUAUCCUACAUCAAAUCAACACCAUCCUCGCUCGUUAA